GUGUGGACCUCCUCAAGAAGAAGAAGAAGAGGAGGAGGAGGAGGAAGAAGAAGAAGAAGAGAAGAAACCGCGAAGCUCUGCUCACGUUUGUCUACCCGGCGGACUCACGCCGCGUUUCUGGCAGCGGCUUCACGCUCUGCUCGUCGGAGGCAGCAGUCGGCAGCCCGUCAGCAUGGUCGCGAAGGAGGCGGACGCGGGGUCCCAAGGCGGCGGCGGCGGCAUCCGCCUGAAGCAGGAGAUCUCCCUGCUGCACGGCGUCUGCCUCAUCGUGGGGAACAUGAUCGGCUCCGGGAUUUUCGUGUCGCCCAAGGGCGUGCUGCUGCACACCGGCUCCUUCGGGCUGUCGCUGGUCAUCUGGGCGGUGGGGGGGAUUUUCUCCGUCUUCGGCGCCCUGUGCUACGCCGAGCUGGGCACCACCAUCCGUAAAUCCGGAGCGUCCUACGCGUACAUCCUGGAGGCGUUCGGGAGCUUCUUGGCGUUCAUCCGGCUGUGGACUUCGCUGUUGAUCGUGGAUCCGGCCUGCGAGGCGGUGAUCGCCUUGACCUUCUCCACCUACCUGGUGCAGCCUUUCUUCACCACCUGCCCCGCCCCCUAUUACGCCGUCCGCCUCAUCGCCGCCGCCAUCAUAUGCUUGCUGACGUGCAUCAACUGUUUGAAGGUGAAGUGGGGGGCCAUCCUUCAGGUCAUCUCCACCGUGGCCAAGGUGCUGGCGCUCAUCAUCAUCAUCAUCACCGGCCUCGUCAAGCUGGGCCAAGGUUUCAGUCAGAACUUUGAGGACUCGUUCCAAGGCUCCAAGCUGAACCCCGGCGACAUGGCCCUGGCCCUGUACUCCGCUCUCUACUCCUACUCCGGCUGGGACACGCUCAACUUUAUCACGGAAGAGAUUAAGAACCCAGAGAGGAAUCUCCCGCUGAGCAUCGCCAUUUCCAUGCCCAUCGUCACCAUCAUCUACAUCCUGACCAACGUGGCCUACUACGUGGUCUUGGACGCCGACCAGGUGCUCAACAGCGACGCCGUCGCCGUGUCGUUCGCAGACGACGUCCUGGGCUGGGCGCGCUGGCUGAUUCCGCUGUCUGUGGCCAUUUCCUGCUACGGCGGCCUCAACUCCUCCAUCAUCGCCGUCUCCAGGUUGUUUUUCGUGGGUUCCCGAGAAGGCCACCUCCCGAACGUCUUGUCAAUGAUCCACGUGGAGCGCUACACGCCCAUUCCAGCGCUGCUUUUUAACGGCGCCAUGUCUCUGGUGUAUCUGUCCGUGCCCGACGUCUUCCGCCUGAUCAACUACUUCAGCUUCAACUACUGGCUCUUCAUCGGCCUGUCCAUCGUCAGCCUCAUCUACCUUCGCUUCAAGGCCCCCAACCUGCACCGACCCAUCAAGCUGUCCUUGUUCUUCCCCGUCGUGUACUGCCUGUGUAGCCUCUUCCUGGUGGUGGUGCCGCUCUACAGCGACACCAUCAACUCGCUCGUGGGCAUCGCCGUGGCGCUCUCGGGCGCGCCCGUUUACUUCCUGUGCCACCGCCUGCCGCGCAGCUCCAGGCCGGCUUUCCUCAACAAAAUCAUCUACACGCUGUCGACUUACACCCAGAAAUUGUGCUACUGCUGCGUGGCGUCUCCCGACGUAGACCUGGACAACAUCGACCCCGACAAAAUGAACUGACAGAAAGGCGGAAGGGACGGCAAGCCUCUGCUCGAGACAAUCCCCUGUUUUUAAAAUUACUUUUUGAGGAGGAAAACAAAAAGAAAGGGGUACAAGCACACACCACGCGGCUGCACGUCGGCUCUCACACCCACACGCCGCUAGCCGGCCACCAUUUUAGGAAAAAUAGCUGGAAAAACAUCAACUUGCAACAUUUGACAUGUUGCGCUUCAACAAUACUUGGUGGCUGUUUUUUCACAGGAGGGCCUGCUGGGUUUUUGCACCACUUGCGCCACCUAGUGGAAGCGCAAAGCCUUACAUUCCCUUUCCUUUUUUUUUUCUUUUUUUGAAUGUACAGUUUUUCCUUGAUCACAUGCUUGAAUUGAAUUUUAAUUGAAGGCUUACGAGUAGUGUUCGAAUUGUUUAUCAUGGAACUAUCGCUGCUGGUUACUUUCUUCACAUGAGGUGCAAAACUACGGAGGCGUCACGCUGGACAGAACAAUGUCAAGAAUCAAAUUACGAGCGGAAAACAAAUUGUUGGCAAGUUCCAGCAAUAUGGCAAAAAAUGUUCAGGUUAUAUAAAAUCUUGCCAUUUUCACGUCACAGUUUCGUUCUAGCCAAAAUGCGAAAGUCUUUCAUUUUCUUUUUUUUUUUUUUUUUCUUAUAACA